AUGGAGAGAGAUUGCAAAAGGAAGAAGACGAAGAAGAAGAGAGAAAGUUUCGAGGAGAGAAGCCCACUGCAACAUCUCAAUGGGCUUCCAAUUCACAGACGCAAUACGAAAAGGAGCUCCCACAUUUCUUCUUCUUCUUCUGCGCCUGCUGCUUCAAGAUCAUUACUCUCUGAUAAUAAUACCUCUUCUUCGAGAACCCAUAUUCACAAAAAUAGACCGAAUCGUUUUCCAAAAAUAGCAAAACACGAGUCCAAUGUUCAUACAUCAAAUGAGACACCAAGAAAACCCUUUCUUCAGACAAAACCCACUUGCAAGAAUCGCCAAAGAUCAAAACUUUCAUUUGUUGAGGACAAAUCCGAGAAAGGGUCUGGAGAAUUCCAGAAAAAUAUGAAUAAUUCAGAUGGUAACCUUUCAGGUAAGUGCACAUUUAAUGGUAGUAGUUCAAAUUGUGCUGAGAUUUGUACUCCAUAUUCUAUCAAUUUCUGUGAUCAUGAAUCUGCCAUAGAUGAAUCAGUAUGUGCUGCAAAUGAUGUGAAAACACCACCUGUUGAGGCAUCAUUAUCUCCUGAAAUUCAACCCCAAUCCCAAUCUAGAAUGCUGGUUUUGGAGAGUGUAGGGACCCCUGUUUGCUACGGUGCUGGUCACCUCGUCUCGGGUGUCUCCGAUAGGCGAAAAUCGAAGCGUAGAGGCAGCCUUAAAGGAAUCCCCUUUUCUGAUGCAAAGAGAGAUGAUAAUGAUAAUGUGAGCGUUGAUUUGCAGGAAUCUUGGAUUCCUUUGCUUGCUGAGGCUUCUGUUAGGUGGCAUUUAUCUCCCUGUGAUCUUGGGAAUAGGUUGGACCAAGACAGAAUGGUAUUUGAUGAUGGUGAUGAUUCAGUCAUGGUGGACUCUUUAUCUUUACCUUCUAUGUUGUGUGGAAAUACAUUGGAUUUCUUGUGUGGUGAGAGUAGCUAUAGUGGCAGUGGUAGAGUAGGGAAUGUGGCUAUUGAUAGGAGAAACACCGAUGCUAUAUUUUUGCCUAGCAUUUUGGAACCUUUGAGGUAUAACAUGGAUGAAUAUCUUGGUUCUUUGAGUAGUGGGAAUAUCAUUCACACACCAGAUUCAGAUUCGUGUUUUCGAAGGUCUAUUUGGCCUGGACUUGAUUCAAUAACCAAAGCGCUUGAGGGAGUGAAACUAUCACCUACAAGUGAGGUUUCAAUGUGGGAUGCACCUGGUUUAGGCUCCCAUUCUGUAGAUAUCGGUCCACCUCCCGUUUCUCUUGAUCCAGAAAAUGUAUACAGUGUUUCUUCUUGGAUGUCUGAUGCUACUAAUGAUAAUAAUCUCACCCUCUCUCGGAUGAGAAUAUCAUGGUGUGAGGGGUUGGCUGGCGAAAUUGUUGGAACCGAUGAGUUUGAUUGCUGCUGCUGCUUAUCAGAUGAAGAGAUUGAAUUUGGUGGUGAACAGCUGACCAAAGCUGCUGAGGAGAUUGAAUUUGGAUGUCGUAUGGUUGCUGCAUCGGUUGAACAUAAAGACGAUGGAAACGAGCUUUCCCCGGUGAUUCUUGACUAUGAACCUUACCUUACUGCUGAAGGGAAGGGCAAGUCUUUCUUGCUUGGAACUGAUGCAUGUGCAGAGUCCAUUUGCACUGAUGGAGGUGGCUUGCUUGCUUCUGAUGAUUCAGAUUCGAGUUUUAUCCAAAAAAAUCGUUUGUUUCAUGUCACAUAG